UCUCUCUCUCUCUCUCUCUCUCUCUCUCUCUCUCCUCUCCAACCCAGUUGUUACUGUCUCCUUGCUCAGAGCUUUUCCCACCAUGAACCGGACCCUCCUUCUUGCUCUGCUCACCCACUGCAAGACGAUGAUUCUGGAGGAACUGGACACCAACAUCGGGGACAGUGCCCACCGCAAUGCCACGGCAAGCACCACGCCCGGCCCCCUCGCUACCGUCAGCCCCACCUCGCCCCUCGUCCUGGACCUCAGGGGGUCUUACGACAACGCCUAUUUCUACAUCCUGUUUGUCAUGUUCUUCUACUCCUUCCUGGCGCUGACGCUCUUUAAGAACUUUAUCCGCAGCGAGAAGGGCAAGAAGGACCCCUACGAGGAGUUCAUGAGUGGGGGGGCCACAGCCCUGCCCAAAUUCAACACAGGCCCUUCGACAGGGGAAGGGUUUGACUUUGAAGACGAGUGCAUUCUCUGAGCACGGGCUGGGCCGACCGUGAGGCAAAGUGGGAGGGAGAUGUUUUGACAGUCAUCGAAGCCAGGAAAACGUCCAUGCGGACUAUUUCGGGGCAGACCUGCUAGUGAUUUUGGAGAAAAGUUUUUUUCUCCUCCCUUUUCCAUGUUCACUCUCUCUCUCUCUGUCUUUCUCUCCAUACAACUGAACAAUCAGCGAAACCAGCCCAAGGAGGCCUGUCAGAAAGGAGGACCAUAAGAGCAGAAUGGGACUGGCUUCCUCUGGGCGUCUGAGAGACGUGGAGCAGAGGCCAAGGAACAUGCUCAACUGGAUCAUCAGAAUGCUGGAAUGCCCUCCUGGGGAGGCCAAUCAGGAUCACAGACUGAGGAGGUUCUUGAUCACAAAUACUAUAGAUGCCAUGGAUUUGGUGUAUGUGUGUGUUUGUGUGUAGGUUGAAUGGAUUCUUUAAAAUCACUGUACAAUUUUGGAGAUUUACACAAUGAAAAAUGUUACAAAAAUGAUCAAUUGAUUUUGAUACUUUAGUCAUGUAAGCUAUCAAUGUAAUGUAAAAAGUGUUUAAUUACAUGUAAAAUGUUCAAUUAAAUGGAGAAG